CCAAACCUGAGGAGAGUGCACCGGACAUAGCCCAUCCCUCACCCACCGUCAAACACGCACACCAGGCUCAACACUUGCAGGGAUCAAAGCGACGCUAAAGGACAGGGAGUGCAGCACAAGAAUACUACAGCAGAAGGAAUCAUGGGAGACGAUGGAGGAAAGAAGGAUUCGGCCACGGCCAUCCUGGACCCGAGCAGGAAGCGGUCGCCCAACCGGAUGGUGGUGGACGAGGCAACCUCGGAUGACAACUCGGUCGUGGCGCUCUCCACGGCGAAGAUGGAAGAGCUGCAGCUUUUCCGGGGGGACACGGUCCUGAUCAAGGGGAAGAAGAGCAGGGACACGGUCUGCAUCGUGCUGGCCGACGACUCCGUAGACGACUCGAGCAUCCGCAUGAACAAGGUUGUGCGGAAGAAUCUGCGCGUGCGGCUGGGCGACCUGAUCACGGUCUCAGCCUGCGGAGACGUGCCCUACGGCAAGCGCGUGCACGUGCUUCCCGUUGAUGACACCAUCGAGGGUGUUACCGGAAACCUGUUCGACGUGUACCUGAAGCCGUACUUCCUGGAGGCCUACCGUCCCGUUAAGAAGGGAGACCUCUUCCUCGUGCGACAGGCGAUGCACCCGGUAGAGUUCAAGGUGGUGGAGUGCGACCCUGCCCCGUACUGCAUCGUGGCGCCCGACACGGUCAUCCACUGCGAGGGGGAGCCCAUCAAGCGCGAGGAUGAGGAGAGGAUGGACGACGUGGGAUACGACGACAUCGGGGGCUGCCGCAGGCAGAUGGCCCAGAUCCGUGAAAUGAUCGAGCUCCCGCUUCGCCACCCCACGCUCUUCAAGAACCUUGGCGUCAAGCCCCCCCGUGGUGUUCUCCUCUACGGUCCCCCUGGAUCGGGAAAGACGCUCAUCGCCAAGGCUGUCGCCAACGAGACAGGCGCCUUCUUUUUCCUCAUCAACGGGCCGGAGAUCAUGUCCAAGAUGGCGGGAGAGUCGGAGUCCAACCUCCGCAAAGCCUUCGAAGAGGCGGAGAAGAACGCUCCGGCCAUCAUUUUCAUCGACGAGAUCGACUCGAUCGCACCCAAGCGCGACAAGACGAACGGCGAGGUGGAGCGGCGUAUCGUGUCCCAGAUGUUGACCCUCAUGGACGGCCUCAAGGCCCGCGCAUCGGUGGUUGUAAUCGGGGCGACGAACCGGCCUAACUCUAUGGACCCGGCCCUCCGUCGGUUCGGACGCUUCGACCGCGAGAUCGACAUCGGUGUGCCAGACGAGAACGGUCGGUUGGAGAUCUUCCGUAUCCACACGCGGAACAUGAAGCUCGAUGACGAUGUGGACCCUGAGGCGAUCGCCCGGGAGACGCACGGGUUCGUGGGAGCUGACAUCGCCGCCCUGUGCACGGAGGCUGCCAUGCAGUGCAUCCGUGAGAAGAUGGACCUCAUCGACAUCGAGGAAGAGACGAUCGACGCCGAGGUUCUGGACGCGAUGGCCGUGAGCAUGGACCACUUCCGCUUCUCCCUCGGAGUGUCCAACCCGUCCUCGCUCAGGGAGACGGUGGUGGAGGUGCCGACGGUCACGUGGAACGACAUAGGGGGUCUUGCGGGCGUCAAGCGCGAGCUUCAGGAGCUGGUGCAGUACCCGGUGGAGCACCCCGAGAAGUUCGAGAAGUUCGGCAUGUCCCCCUCCAGAGGGGUUCUAUUCUACGGCCCCCCCGGGUGCGGGAAGACUCUCAUGGCGAAGGCCGUGGCCAACGAGUGCCAGGCCAACUUCAUCUCUGUCAAGGGGCCCGAGCUCUUGACGAUGUGGUUCGGAGAGUCGGAGGCGAACGUCCGCGACGUGUUCGAGAAGGCUAGGGCGGCGGCACCGUGCGUGCUCUUCUUCGACGAGCUCGACUCCAUCGCGGGGCAGAGGGGGGGAUCCAGCGGGGACGGGGGAGGAGCGGCGGACCGCGUGAUGAACCAGCUGCUGACGGAGAUGGACGGUGUGGGGUCCAAGAAGAACGUGUUCAUCAUCGGCGCUACCAACAGGCCCGACAUCAUCGACUCGGCCCUCAUGCGUCCCGGCCGUCUGGACCAGCUGAUCUACAUCCCCAUGCCGGACCAUGACAGCCGGCUGUCCAUCCUCAAGGCGGUGCUGCGCAAGACGCCCAUCAGCAAGGAGGUUGACCUGGAGUACCUGUCCUCCCAGAUGGAGAAAUUCACCGGCGCAGAUCUUACCGAGAUUUGCCAGCGCGCGGCAAAGAUCGCCAUCAGGGAGAACAUCAUGAAGGACAUGGAGCGUGAGCGCCUCCGGGGCGAGGCCGGGGACGCGAUGGAAGACGUGGAGGAGGAGGACACCGUUCCCGAGAUCCUUCCCCGCCACUUCGAGGACGCCGUCCGCAACGCGCGCCGCUCGGUGUCGGACAGGGACCUGGCACAAUACUCGAGCUUCGCCCAAAACCUGCAGCAGGCGCGGUCGCAGAUCACGGGGCCGGGAGGAGGAAGCCUGGCGGCAUUCUCGUUCCCGGACCGGAAUGCGGCGGGCGGGGCUGUGGGAGGGGCGGGGGGUGCGGCGGCGGCGGACGACGAAGAGGAGGACCUUUACAGCUAAACGACCCCAUGAUGGGGUAGGACUGUUUUUGCUUGGUUGGGGCCAUUUCUCUUGAUCUCUCUCGGUUUCUUCACCUCCUAGAAUGGAUGGAGGGAGGUUUUCGCGACUAGGAAAAUGAGGAAAAAUGUCGGGUUCAAUGCGUUUUGAUGGCGAUGCCUUGCUGGCGUGCUGGCGUGCUUGGGGUCCACGGUGGCGGAUGUUGCAGCGUGUUUUUGCUUGUCUUUUGCUUUGCUGUGCUGCCGUGCCUUGCCGUUUACCUUCCGCCGGAGGCAGCCAAUAGAGGCCGUUUUUUCGCAUUUGAGGAUGGUACAGCAGUAUACACUCAACUGGAGUGUCCCACGAUACGAUGGAGUGCUUUUCGGUGUACGUGGUGCAAGAGGGCACGAACUCCUUUCUUUCAGGAACGGAAGAGAUAGAUCGAGGUGGAUAAGUAUAGUGGUUCUUCGGCGGCGGGCGGGAGGAGGCAGUCGGCAGACCUUACAGGGACCGAAGUGAUGGUUGGUUGCAUCGUGCGCACAUGAAGGGGUUUUGCAUCGAUCAUGGUUGCUUGUUUGGUGUACGCUACGCUUACAACGGACUCGGCUGUUCAUCUCCUGAGUGUCUCCUGGCGCGAGUGACUUGUGCUUCGUUUUGUCUAUUUGCUUGUCUGCGGUGUGUAUUGAGUUGAGAGGGAUUGUGUGCGGUUUGAGGGGGAGGGGGAGGUUUACGGAAGGCGAGUUGCCGGAAGAAUAAGUUCAAACCCUUCUUGCGAACAGCCGACUAUCCUAUUACGGUGGAACAUAGUAGUCAAGACCAAAUUGGAAUAUUGUGUAACUUCGUCAAUACGGAGUCCCCUAUCACAAACUAUAGCGCAAACUGACGACAAAGCACAGAGCUCUCUUUAAAAAAAAAAAAAUUAAAAAAUUUCACCAUGUCUUCGAGUAAUAUUACGAAAUUAGUGAGUGAUCGCACCCGGCGAAGUUCCAAAAAUGUUGAAGCGCGGUUUUCCAACGAUG